AUGAAGAGAAGAGGAAGCCCAGAUGUAGCCAAAGGAGCUAACAAACCAAAGAGUAACAUCCAAGACAAGAGCAAAGGGCCAACACAGCCAGAUUUGCCAGCACCGACAAACCCGCAAAAGAAGACAUCACCACAGGUGGAAAUAAGAAGGCGUGCAAGGGUACUUCUAGGUGUUGCGGAACCUGAGACACCUCAUCAACAAGUUCUGCAAAACUACGUUGCUAUAUUUGCACAAGCAAUCGCAACAAAUCUACAAGACAGUGCCGCGAAAUGCCACAAAUACGCAUGCAAAGAUCAUUCGACCAGAGACGUUUGUUUGAGUAUGUAG